AUAAUAUAAAAAUUUCGCAGAUAACAAUGUCGAAAAUGUUAUAUUUUGUUAAAAGAAAAGUUUGUUUAUUACUUUCUAAGAAAUGUCGUCCAAUUUAUUGUAUUCUACUUAGUCCAAAUGUGGAGUCUUUUAUUUGGACAAGAUAUAUUUGUAGCUGGUUCGUUGGAGUCUGCGUUGGUGCGAUUCUCUGGUUAUUAAUAUCGCUUAACUUUAAUUUUUCCCUGGAAAGCGAAGUUCUUAUAUCAGUGUCUAUUGCCGCCUUGGUUGGAAUAGGAUUUGUUUUUACAACGAACAUAAAAUGUAUUAGCUUUCUAAUACUGGCUGGAAUGGCCGGAAAAUCUGGAAGAAGUUAUUUGCGAGCGCUAUGUUUUGCGUAUAUAAUUACAGGGCCUAUAUUUAAUUUGGCUUCAAAUGGUGGAGAAGUUGUUCGUGUAUUCGCAUGCGCAACAACGCUUACGUAUAAUUUAACAAAAACUCGAUUAGAUCUCAUGACAAAACCCUUUCACAACACGUUAACUACCAUAAAAGAUGAUUUUAUACUGGUUGAAAAGUCUUUUGAUGAAUUUAAUGGAGUACUACAGCCGAUUCGUACCGAGGUUUCUGGAACAGAUAAUGAUUCUAAUUUGAAACUACAGCGACGUAAAGUUGAAGGUGUAGCAGAGCGCGUGCAAAAGAAUUAUUCAGAAAAAAUCAAAACGCGUUGUAAAAGGCAAUUAAAAAGAGGAGAACGACGAUGCCGUGACGCAUUUGAAAAUGCCUAUUUAGAUUGCAACGAGAAGUUUCCUCGUGUCGUGAAAACUUUGUUAUGCUGGCCCUUUCAAGUAGAUUUUAUAUGUCAUAUUAAUUUGUUGGGAAAACCAGAUAAGAUCUGUGACCCGUAUGAAGCAUUGCCUAAAAACUUCGGUGAAAGCUACGCCCAGUUGGACGACUCUCAAAAGCUGUUAUAUGGAAACAACUCCCAUGUGGAAGUGAAAUAUAAAAUAAAAUCACCAACUCCAAAAGAUCUACUCAGGAAUGCGGAUCACACGGCAGAUUUAUUAAUGAAUGAAUUUAAUGCUAAAAGAAAAAUGUUUGACGUUGUCAUGAAUAUUACGCAAAAGAUCUUAUCAAUUCUCUUCAUUAAAGUUAUAAUUGCCGCGUUAUAUUAUCACAAAAAGUAUUUAGGAGACAUAAAUUUUGAUAACGUUUAUAUAUCUGAAUACUUUCACCGAGUCGAUGAUCGUCGAAAGAGAGCUAAGAAAUCAACUGUGUUGCCAUUAAAAAAGUUUGAAAAAAAGAAUUUAGUGGACUUGAAAAGCGCAUGGCAACACACUGAACAGGAAUCUAGAGCCAUAUAUUUAUAUUUAUUUCAAUUCGCAAUGGAAAUUUUAGCCGCAAGUCUUUUUUUAUUACUUGACUAUCUGAUCGUAACAUUGCUGGAGAUAAUACGCAUCAAAUCUUUUGUUUCGUAUACACAAAAAGGAGAACAUAUAAUUCAUUUUCAGGUCGAAGGUAGUGGAUUGAUGGCGAGAUUAUUACGUAGAACUCUUCAUAACUUUAAUAUACAUGCAAAGGUGUCAACAUAUCUAAGUAAUGAGACAUGCUUACCGAAUCCCAAUAUUUUGUCGAAAAGCUUCUAUUUAAAACUAGUUGCGACGUAUUUAGUAAUUAUAAUCCUUAUUUAUAAAAGUUCGUACUUUAUGCGAUUGAGAAGAUUGAUAUGCAGUUACUUCUAUUAUAAACGUGAGAAGAAACGUAUACUGUAUUUGUAUAAUAAUAUUCUUCGAAGAAGACGCACCUUGUUUUCAGCUAUGCGGAAGACAGCAACAUCUAAUGUGGUUAAGCAAAAGAUGCGACAACGUUAUAACCUAAUUUUGCGUUUUCGAUUAAAAUGGCCUAAGUGUUGCAGGUGGUUGAGAUGCCUUCCUGGGUCCCGCUUUAAAUGCUUAAUUUGUAAUGAUUUAGAAGAUAAUGAUUUUAUUAUAUGCAAAAAUCCCCAAUGCCGAAUAGGAUAUUGCUAUCAAUGUUGGAGAGAUCUUGGAGUGUUGUGCAUCGCUUGCCAAACCGAACUCAAAUCAAUCGAAAUUCUGGAUUUUUACACAUUUUUUGAGAUUGUUUAAUCAACUUCUUAAGGGUUAUAGAUAUAUACCAGUAAAUCGCAUAUUAUUCACUCGAA